UUGUACAUACACAUCUUUCUUUUCCAUACCCCCCAACACUUCAAUGGAGAACUCCGUAAACAACUGCGUGAGACAAAAGGUAUUCUCUAAUCACCAAGUCAGAACGAUACACGAAGAAGAAGAUCAAAAAGAGGAGAGUAGUUGGCUAAUCUACUUUGAAGACAUUGAUCACGAAGACGAAAUGGUCGAAGAAAUGAGUCAUUACUACGAUAAUGAUUCAUCGAUGAUCUCAGACGCUGCAUCUCCUGUCCACAACACAAAGAUAUAUAACGUUGCUCGUCGAAAGGCUAAUAGUAUUAAUACAAACCCUAAAAAGAGACGUAUCAUCCAUCAACACAAAAAUGAAAAACAACAAGAAGAAGGAGAUGAAGACGAAGAAGAAGACACAGCCUCUUCUCCUUCGAAUAAAACUAAGGGUUUUCAUGUGUUGGAUGGUGGUGAAAAUAAUGUAAAUGUUACAUCAGAGGUAAUAUACAAGAAACAUUGUGUUGCAAGAGACACAAGAUCGAACAUAAAUGAAGUCAUAAAUGAAGAAUUCUUAUCUGCAGAACUGAAGAAGAGAGGACUUUGUCUAGUUCCUUUAUCAAUGUUUUCUAAUUUUAUUGCUUGA